AUGCUCUCGAGUCAUUUUUGCUGCUUGGCCCCGCAAUCGCCGCAGUUUCCCCCGCAAAAACGGCAAUUCUUUGAGACGAUCGCUCCACGAGAGGGCUUUGCUGAUGAUGAGGCGCUCGAGGUUUACAUUCAUGAUCGGAGUCGAAAGAUUGAGCCAAAAGAUGCCACCAAAUUGGUUGAUGUGAAACCCAAGCAUUCACCGCAAGUGCUCAAAUCACCGGGAAUCAAACCGCCAAAGGGGAAUCACUACGCGAAAGAACAUCCAGCAACGAGUGCCACCCAUCUACUUCCACCCACUCCAUCGCCAAGAGAUCAUGAUGGCUCAAAGCCAUCACCAUCGAAAACGAACAACGAGGAUUUUGCGAUCAUUGAUAUUAAUCCCGGACAACUACCGCGAUAUAUUGGUGAUGUCACUCGUCGCCAAGCUCCCACAACAUCCAGUUUUCCGUUGGGUCCUGUCCCAAAAAAGGCCCCACCACCACUCCAUCCGAGAAAAACCAGACAACCGGUUUCUAAUGGACCUCCAAUUAGGUCACCAUCGGUGUUCACCCCGGUGUCCGCCUCGUGGAAACCCCCAGCUCCUUCACCGCCCGAAUUGGCCAACAAAAGUCCCCGAUUGAAUCAGCAUGCACAGGCUUUCAUCUUUCCCGAAAUCCCGAUGGCCAGCGGUUCGCCCACCCCGCAAAGGCCAGCCAAAGCGCCCGCCCCGCCACCGCCGCCAACAGUCGCCCAGAGCUCAACAUCAGCUGAACACCGAGUCACUUUGCCUGUUCCAUCAUCGCCAAAUGGGGACUCUCCAUCGGUUUCCGUCUCCCUUCCACCACCAUCACUCCCACCGAGAGCGUCAAGACCCGGCUCGAUCACCUCCGUCUCAUCUCCACUUCCACCACCAAGACCACCAAAGCCUGGGCAUAUGACCGCCUCUCCAUUGACGACUCCCCGCUCGUUGGCCCCAUCGACGACCAGUCAAAGCCAAUCAACAACCAUCGCAGCCACAACGAAACCGCUACCCACUUCCACAAGUAUUUCUUCGGAGUCCCCAUCAAAUCCAAAUUCCCCACCCCCACUUCCACCAAAAACUUAUAAAAGUCGCCGACAAUCGUCCUCGCCGACGAGC